AUUCCUGACCUACUUUACGCAGGUGCCCGUGUUGAAGUCCUCUACCUUGUCAAUUUGGAAAGGACUACGGAGGCCUGGGUCACGGAUCUUCAGCACGGUAAAUUACAGAAAUCUAGCUACCCCUCAUGGCACUGAGAAGCGCUGUGUGCCGUCUGCUGGUCAACCCCCAGAGAUGUGCCAUCAUUUCAGCAUCAAGAUCACAGGGAUCAGCAGCGCCUGCACAAAAGGAUGCAGAGAAACCUAGUGAGAAGGCUAAAGCACCCAAGGUUCAGUUUAACUGGCGGGAUGGCCUGGAGCUGGAGGGUCAGCUGACUGAAGACGAGAUCAUGAUCCGAGACUCGUUCCGUGAUUACUGUCAGGACAAACUCAUGCCCCGCAUUCUGAUGGCCAACAGAAACGAAGUGUUCCAUCGAGACAUUGUGUCAGAGAUGGGGGAGCUGGGUGUCCUGGGCCCAACCAUUAAAGGCUAUGGCUGUGCUGGGACGAGUUAUGUGGCCUACGGUUUGAUCGCGAGGGAAGUGGAGAGGGUGGACAGCGGCUACCGCUCUGUCAUGAGUGUGCAGUCCUCCUUGGUCAUGCACCCUAUCUACGCGUACGGUACCGAAGAGCAGAAGGAGAAGUGGCUGCCCAGGCUGGCUCGUGGAGAGAUCCUGGGCUGUUUUGGGUUGACUGAGCCCAACCACGGCAGUGACCCCGGUGGCAUGGAGACCCGGGCUAAGUUCAACCCCUCCAGCCGCACCUUCACUCUCACUGGCUCCAAGACCUGGAUCACCAACUCCCCUGUGGCGGACAUCGCUGUGGUCUGGGCCAAGUGUGACGAUGGGAAGGUGUGUGGCUUCAUCCUGGAGCGCGGAAUGAAGGGCUUCACCACACCCAAGAUCGAGGGCAAGUUUUCCCUGAGGGCGUCUGCCACUGGCAUGAUCAUCAUGGACGAGGUGGAGGUUCCUGAGGAGAACCUGCUGCCCAAAGUCUCUGGCCUGGGGGGUCCCUUUGGUUGCCUGAACAAUGCCCGGUAUGGCAUCGCCUGGGGUUCACUAGGUGCUGCAGAAUUCUGCUUCCACGCAGCUCGUCAGUACACACUAGACAGAAUCCAGUUCGGAGUACCCCUGGCCAGAAACCAGCUGAUGCAGAAAAAGAUGGCUGACAUGUUGACAGAAAUCACCAUUGGUCUGCAGGCCUGUCUACAGCUGGGGAGACUCAUCGACGCCAAAAAGGCAGCCCCUGAGAUGAUCUCUAUGCUAAAGAGGAACAGCUGUGGGAAGUCCCUGGACAUCGCCCGGCAGGCCAGAGACAUGCUGGGAGGAAACGGCAUCUCUGACGAGUACCACAUCAUCCGCCAUGUUAUGAACCUGGAGGCCGUCAACACAUACGAAGGUACCCAUGACAUCCAUGCCCUGAUUCUGGGCAGAGCCAUCACUGGACUGCAGUCUUUCACUGUUAAUAACUAACUGCCUGCUGCUAGUGCUCAAACAGACCACUAUCAGAAACCUCAAGUCAAUCUGUUCCUUAAACAAAGGACAAGUAGUUCUACACUGCUUUGAUGGCUUGUCUUCUACAGUAACGCUAAUGUUUCCUUUCUCUGAGUUUGUAGAAUAUGGGCUGGUUUUCUGGACAAAGAUUAAGCUUGGUCCUGGACUAAAAAGCAUGCUGAAUGGAGAAAUUAGAUUGAAAUAGCUUUUUAGAACAGCACUAGGCUUAGUCUAUGUCCGGGAAACCAGUCCUAAAUCUUUAUUUUAUGCGAAAGACCAGGUCGGGUUUUAAAGGCAAGUCUAUCAUCGAUCUCAUGGACAAUUCACGAGUGUAAUUAUUUCAAUUUGAAAAACAAAGCUAUUUUUCUACUCUGUCAUAAAACCCUAGUACUUACUGGUUAGUUUGGACAAUUUCUGACUACAAUGUUUUUGUAAUAGUUUCUAUACGGUGGAAGGUAAGAUGGUUCAGAAUGAAUCGCUUGUUUCCUCACAACAUUUGUAAUAAAUGGUUGUUGGACAAACAUUUUAAAAUGAGGUCACGAUCCAUACGUAUGUCCUGAGUUUUUAGAACUGUGAUUUACAUUUACAUUUACGUCAUUUAGCAGACGCUCUUAUCCAGAGCGACUUACAGUAGUAGUGAGUGCAUACAUUUUUAUACUAGUCCCCCGUGGGAAUCGAACCCACAACCGUGGCGCUGCAAGUGCCAUGCUCUACCAACUGAGCUACACGGGACUAAUGACCAGUUAUUGGUAAUUGAAUGCAAAAUAAAUGAUACUGCAUUUACUGUUAGUUUAAAAAAAAAAAAGUUAAAUCAAUUGAAGUUAAAUUAAAACAGUUUAAAUAAUCAUACCAUUGCUUUUUUGUAAUUGAAUAGUUGUAUUUGUGACUUACCAUUUAGGCAGAUCAGAGAGAUUUGUAUUUUGGGGUACAGGACAAUGAAUGCUGUUUGCACUUUAUUAAGUUUGCUCCUCAGAACUCAACAGAUCUAAAUGUUAUGCUUGGUUUGAAUUGCAAUGUCAAAGGUUAAUUCAAGCUUUUCACAAAUAACUCUUAUUGCAGUACUUUAAUGGCCAUUGCAAUUUCCUUUUGCUGGCAAAGUAAUAGCGUUGUAGUAAUGCUCACUAUCUAAUGCUAAAUUAGUCUCUUGUUUAUAAAGGAACAGGUGGUCCAUUUAAUCCAGAGUGGUUGGGGGAUUUUUGGAUUACUCAUCCUUCAUUUCGUGGUAGUGUUUUGAAUGUUCCUAUUUGAAGUAACAUGGAGUGUUUUAAUAAAGUGAAUCAAAAAAGA